GGUAUGAAGCAGGAAGGUGACGCGAUUUUGCUACGUGUCAGGAAGUUCUGUUGUCAAGAUGGCGGCGCAGCAGAGUGAUGUUGACGAGCUCUUCGAUGUGAAAAAUGCAUAUUACAUUGGCAGUUAUCAACAAUGUAUUAACGAGGCCCAGAAGGUGAAGCCAUCAUCACCGGAGAAGGAGACGGAAAGGGACAUGUUUUUGUACAGAGCAUACAUUGCUCAGAGGAAGUAUGCUGUUGUCCUGGAAGACAUCAAGGGCAGCUCUCCACCUGAGCUCCAGGCUGUUCGCAUGUUUGCUGAAUAUUUAUCCAGUGAAACAAAAAGGGAUGCUAUUGUUACUGAUCUGGACAAAAAGAUGGCAAAGAGCGUGGACGCUGCCAACACUACCUUCCUCCUCAUGGCUGCUUCCAUCUAUUACCAUGAGAUGAACACGGAUUCUGCUCUCAGGACCCUGCAUCAAGGAGAAAGCCUGGAGUGCAUGGCCAUGACCAUUCAGGUGUUGCUCAGUCUGGAUCGUGUGGACCUAGCCAGGAAAGAGCUGAAGAAGAUGCAGGAACUGGAUGAGGAUGCUACUCUAACACAGCUUGCCACGGCCUGGGUUAAUAUUGCUGUGGGUGGAGAUAAGCUUCAGGAUGCAUACUACAUUUUCCAGGAAAUGUCAGACAAAUACUCCUCUACACUGCUGCUGCUUAAUGGGCAGGCAGCCUGUUACAUGGCUCAGAAUAAGUGGGAGGAGGCUGAAGGAGUGCUACAGGAGGCACUUGACAAGGAUAGCAGUCACCCUGAGACACUGAUCAAUCUCAUAGUUCUGACUCAGCACCUGGGAAAAGCUCCUGAGGUAACCAAUCGAUAUCUCUCUCAGCUGAAAGAUGCACACAGAUCCCAUCCAUUCCUCAAGGACUAUUUAACCAAGGAGAACGAGUUCGACAGACUAACAAUGCAGUACGCUCCCUCUGCUACAGCAUAAUGUCGUGGCUUUUGCUGAGAUGUCAAGAAUGAACAUUCUCCCUUCUCUGUUGUCACAUCCACCUGUAUUUUCUUUUGUUAUUUUUUGCUUUCAAGACAAUGUGUUUAAAUAAACAUUAUUACUUCACCUCAAUUUAAUAAUCAUUUCCCAGAUAGUGUAGAUGAUACCUGUCUGUCUGGGUAUUCAUCAUUCAUAAAUGAAUAUUUCUUUAAUGGAAGUCAAAACAUAUUUAACAACAGCAUUCCUUUGAAAUUAUAAUAAAUGUUUCAUAUCUGU